GGAUGAGGAGGACGUCACACAAAUCCCCAUAAUAAAGGAGGCGGCCGGGAAGAUUUUGGACAGAAGUAGGAACUCCCUGCAGAAGACGCUGGUCCUGAAAAAAGAGGUGGAGUCUGACCGGGUGAGCCAGGAACUGGUGUGCAAGAGGCAGGAGUACAGCGAGCGCAUGCAGGAGCUGGAGGAGCGGAGGGAGGAGUUCAGACUGAGAGAGAAAGAGUUUAGAGAGAAAGCCGAGAAGUUCGAAAAGUUCCUCAAGGACAGCGAAGCCAAACAGCGGCGGGCGACGGCGAGAUACCAAGCCGAGUCCCGGCAGAACGAUGUGCGCAAAACUGAGAUCCAACAACUGGCAGAGCGACUGGAGGAGAAGAGAGUCAGGCGGCGCACUCUCCAGGAUCGGGUGACGAGGAAUCGGAUCUACGAGGAGUUCUUGGUGAAGAUGGUGGAGAAAGUCCCGGACAAUUAUUUGGAGUACGGCGUGGAUUCUCCGGUGAAAGCCAUUAUCAGACGCUACGAGACGCUGUCCCUAACCAACGAGAAUCUGGUGAAUAAUCUGACGGUCCUCGCCGAUGAAAACGAGAGCGCGCAGUACAGCCUGGAGGCGCUAAAGAGACAACACGACACGGCGAAACUGACGAUGACCAGCGAGUUGUCCCGGCUGCAGUUGGAUUUCGAUCGGCUCCAGGAGAAGAGCAAACAACUGGAACUCACCUUCAACCUGGAGAAGAGCCAAUUCAGGAACCAGAGCGUGGAGAUCGGGAGCCUCCUAUUGGCUGUCAUUAACCUGGCUGAGCAGUGCCAGAUGAAGCAUUACGGAGCUCUGGCCGAGGUGGACCUCACCGAGAAACUGGACAUGGUGAAGGAAUACAUUCUGGAGAAAAUGCAGAUCGAACGUCUGGCCAAGAAGCCGUGGGAGGAGCUCCAGGUUUUGUCCAAUCCGGAGGACUAUCUGAGGAGACAGAAGAAGGCGGUGGCCAAUAAGGAGUCCCAGAGGAAGAAAGGCCCCAAGAGGGCGGCGCUCUCCGCUUAGAACUGAUGAUCUAGUAGGAGGAAU